AUGUAUAUAAAGCAGGUUGUAAUAGAAGGCUUUAAGAGUUACAGGGAACAAAUUGCAGCCGAAGAAUUCAGUCCGAAAGUCAACUGUGUUGUUGGCGCUAAUGGAUCUGGAAAAUCUAACUUCUUCCAUGCAAUACGCUUUGUGAUAAGCGAUCUAUUCCACAACUUGCGCAAUGAAGAAAGGCAGGCGUUGCUUCACGAAGGCGCAGGCCACCAAGUAUUAUCUGCAUUUGUAGAGAUUGUGUUUGACAACUCAGACAAUCGUAUCCCGGUUGAUAAAGAGGAAGUUCGGCUCAGGAGAACAAUUGGUGUGAAAAAAGAUGAAUAUUUCUUGGAUGGGAAGCAUAUCACGAAAACGGAAGUCAUGAAUCUGCUAGAAAGUGCAGGAUUUUCUCGUUCUAAUCCGUAUUAUGUUGUGCAACAAGGAAAAAUUGCAUCAUUGACAUUGAUGAAGGACUCAGAGCGACUUGAUCUGCUGAAAGAAAUUGGUGGGACUCGGGUUUAUGAGGAGAGACGUCGUGAAAGUUUGAAAAUCAUGCAGGAGACGGGUAAUAAGAGAAAACAAAUAAUUCAAGUUGUCCAAUACUUGGAUGACAGACUUCGAGAGCUUGAUGAAGAGAAAGAGGAACUGAAAAAGUAUCAGCAACUUGAUCGGCAGAGAAAGUCUUUAGAAUACACUAUCUAUGACAAAGAACUUCAUGACGCUAAGCAACAAUUGAUCAAGAUAGAAGAGGACCGGUACCAGAUUUCUGAAAAAUCUGCCAGCCUGUACAAUAGUGUUUCAGAUGCACAUGAAAAGGGCAAGGAGUUGGACAAGUUACUAAAAGAUCUGACUAAAGAAGCUCAGAUUUUAAGCAGAGAGAAGGAAGCAGUACAGAAACAAAGAACCGAAGCUAUUAAGAAGCGUGCAAAGCUUGAGCUUGAUGACAAAGAAUUGCACGAUAAGAUUAAAGCAAAUAUCAAAGCUAAGGAUGAUGCUGUGAUGCAACUCGAGCUUCUGGAUCAAGAAAUUCAGCAAUCAAAUAAUGAACUCACUAGAAUUAAGCAGCUAUAUGAUAAGCAGGUUGGGGAGGAAGAAAAUUUGACACGAGAGAUAAUGGAUCGUGAAAAGCAGCUCAGCAUUCUGUAUCAGAAACAGGGCCGUGCUACUCAGUUUGCUAAUAAAGCGGCUCGUGACCAGUGGCUUAAAAAAGAAAUCAGGGACUACGAGCAAGUUUUGUCCUCAAACCUUGCACAGGAGGCAAAACUCAGGGAUGAAAUUGAGCAGCUCAAGAGAGAUAUUUUAGAGAAGGAUGACUAUAUAAAGGGACGGAAAGAUGAAGCAGCCGAACUUGAAUCUCGAAUAUCUGGCUACAGACAAGGAUACAACGAGUAUAAACUGGAGAGAGACAAACUGCAUGAUAAGCGAAAGUCCCUGUGGGCCAGAGAAAGUGAGCUCACUGAUGAAAUUGGUAGGCUUAAAUCAGAUGUCGUCAAAGCUGAGAAAAGCCUGGAUCAUGCGACUCCCGGAGAUAUAAGAAGAGGAUUGAAUUCUGUUAGGAGGAUAUGUGAACAGUAUGGCAUUGGGGGAGUACAUGGUCCCGUUAUUGAGUUGCUUGAGUGCGACACAAAGUUUUUCACAGCUGUUGAAGUUACUGCUGGAAGCAGUUUAUUCCAUGUGGUGGUUGAAAAUGAUGAUAUAUCAACUAAAAUCAUUGGGCAUCUCAACGCCCAAAAAGGUGGGCGGGUGACAUUUGUACCAUUGAACAGGGUGCAAGCUCCACAAGUUACAUAUCCACGGAGCUCUGAUGUUGUUCCACUUCUAAAGAAAUUAAAUUUUCUGGAGAAAUAUUCUUCGGCAUUCGGUCAGGUGUUUGCGAAGACAGUAAUUUGCCGGGAUUUGGAUGUAGCAACAAGGGUUGCCCGUGCUGACGGUUUGGACUGCAUCACCUUGGAAGGUGAUCAAGUUAACAAAAAAGGUGGCAUGACGGGGGGUUUUUACGACCCUAACCGUUCAAAACUGAAAUUCAUGAACACCAUUAGACAGAAUAUGAAGUCUAUUAGGAUGAAGGAAGAGGAGCUAAAUAAAACUGACCAGAAAAUAAACGAGAUAGUGGCAGAGCAGCAGAAGAAUGACGCCAAGUUGGCUCAUGAAAAAUCUAUAAUUGAGCAGCUGAGGCAGGACGUAAUGAACUCUGAGAAGCAAAAACAUUCCAUUUCAAAGUCCCUUGCGAAGAAAGAGAAGUUGCUCUCAAGCGUAUUGACUCAAAUAGAUCAGAAUAAAGCUAAUAUUUCUAUGAAACAAGCUGAAAUGGGAACAGAACUUGUUGAUCACUUGACACCGGAAGAGAAGGAGUCUCUAUCUCGGUUGAAUCCCGAAAUCACCAGUCUGAAGGAGCAGCUAAUUACUUGUAGGAGUAACCGCAUGGAGACGGAAACAAGAAAAUCAGAGCUUGAGAUGAAUCUGUCUACAAAUCUGGUUAGGCGGAAAGAAGAGUUGGAGUCAGUCAAGCUAUCUACAGAGACUGAUUUGUUACAAGGGGAAGCUGAGUUGAAAAGACAGGAAUUGAUGGAUGCCAGUUCAUUAGUUGAUCAAUUGACACAAGAGCUCAAGAGAGUAACUGAAAGUAUAAAUGAGAGGAGUAGAAAAUCAGAAGCGAUCAAAGUUGAAAAGGAUAAACUGAAGAGUAAAGAAGAUGAGCACAAAGCUACUGUACAAGAUGUAGCGAAAGAGUUGGAGCUACUACUGAGUAAGAAGAAUAUGUAUCUGGCGAAGCAAGAAGAAUGCACGAAGAAAAUUCGAGAUUUGGGUCCCUUAUCUUCUGAUGCUUUUGAAACGUAUAAGCGGAAGAGCAUAAAAGAAUUGAACAAACUGCUUCACAAGUGUAAUGAACAACUGCAACAGUUCAGUCAUGUGAACAAAAAGGCACUUGAUCAAUAUGUAAAUUUCACUGAGCAAAGAGAAGAGUUACAGAGAAGGCAAGCUGAGUUGGAUGCUGGUGAUGAUAAAAUCAAAGAACUUAUAUCAGUUUUGGAUAUGAGGAAGGAUGAAUCCAUUGAACGUACAUUUAAAGGUGUGGCGAAGCAUUUUCGAGAAGUAUUUUCUGAACUUGUGCAAGGAGGUCAUGGAUAUUUGGUUAUGAUGAAAAAGAAGGAUAACGAUGACGUUGAUAAUGAUCUAGAUGAUGAUGAGCCUCGUCCAGCAGAAACUGAGGGUCGGGUUGAGAAAUACAUUGGUGUGAAAGUUUCUUUCACCGGGCAAGGGGAGACGCAAUCAAUGAGACAACUGUCGGGAGGUCAGAAAACUGUGGUGGCUUUGACAUUAAUCUUCGCCAUACAACGAUGUGAUCCCGCGCCAUUUUAUCUUUUCGAUGAGAUUGAUGCUGCACUUGAUCCCCAGUACCGAACUGCUGUCGGGAACAUGGUUCGUCGUUUAGCGGACAUGGCUGGCACUCAGUUCAUAACUACUACAUUCAGGCCAGAGCUCGUGAAAGUUGCGGACAAGAUCUAUGGCGUGACCCACAAAAACAGAGUCAGCCGUGUUAAUAUUGUUUCCACCGAAGAUGCAUUAGGUUUUAUUGAGCAAGAUCAGACUCAAAAUGAGUGA